UUAGGGGGCCGGGAGAACAAGAUGCCUAUUCUCAUCUCCAAGAUCUUCAAGGGGCUGGCAGCUGACCAGACAGAGGCCCUCUUUGUGGGAGACGCCAUCCUGGCCGUGAAUGGAGAAGACUUGUCCUCUGCCACUCACGAUGAGGCGGUGCAGGCCCUCAAGAAGACAGGCCAGGAGGUGGUGCUGGAGGUCAAGUACAUGAAGGAGGUCUCACCAUAUUUCAAGAACUCUGCCAGCGGGACCUCAGUCGGCUGGGACUCGCCUCCUGCCUCACCCCUUCAGCGGCAGCCUUCCUCCCCUGGGCCCGCUCCCCGGAACCUCAGUGAGUCCAAACACAUAUCCUUGAAGAUGGCGUAUAUCUCGAGGAGGUGCAUCCCCACUGACCCGGAGCCCAGGUACCUGGAGAUCUGUUCGGCAGAUGGCCAUGACACCUUCUUCCUGAGGGCCAAGGAUGAAGCUGGUGCAAGGUCGUGGGCCAGUGCCAUCCAAGCCCAGAUCGGCGCCCUGGUGCCCUGGGUCAAGGGCGAGCUACAGGCACUGCUGGCAGCCCCGGACACAGCUGGGAGCCAGGAUAUCAAGCACGUUGGCUGGCUGACCGAGCAGCUGCCCAGUGGGGGCACGGUCCCCACCCUGGCCCUGCUGACUGAGAAGGAGCUGCUCGUCUACUCCUGUCUCCCCCAGACCCGUGAGGCCCUGAGCCGGCCAGCCCGUACUGCCCCGCUCAUCGCCACCAGACUGGUGCACUCGGGCCCCUCCAAGGGCUCGGUGCCCUAUGACACAGAGCUCUCCUUCGCCCUGCGCACGGGUACGCGCCAUGGUGUGGACACUCAUCUGUUCAGCGUGGAGUCACCGCAGGAGCUGGCCGCCUGGACCCGCCAGCUGGUGGACGGCUGUCACCGGGCUGCCGAGGGUGUGCAGGAGGUGUCCACAGCCUGCACGUGGAACGCCCGUCCCUGCAGCCUCUCUGUGCACAUUGACAAGGGCUUCACUCUGUGGGCAGCCGAGCCUGGUGCAGCCCGAGCUGUGCUGCUCCGGCAGCCCUUUGAGAAGCUGCAGAUGUCCUCCGAUGAUGGCGCCAGUCUCCUUUUCCUGGACUUUGGGGGCGCUGAAGGCGAGAUCCAGCUGGACCUGCACUCGUGUCCCAAAACCAUGGUCUUCAUCAUCCACUCCUUCCUCUCGGCCAAGGUCACCCGCUUGGGGCUCUUGGCCUAGAAGUCGCCACAUGCGCUGGCCCUGAAGAGGGGUGUCUACCAUGUGGCCUGACCUGGCCUUUGCCUGCUGCCUGCUCUUCACGGGGCUGAGGGCCAGGAGAGGAGGGAAGCGAAGUCCUCCAAGACCCUGGCUCCUGAGGGAAGCUGGACUGGGUCUCGGGUGCCAGGACUUGGACCCAGGACCCAGCAGAUCCUGCCUGUGAUCGGGUGGCCUUCCCACCGCCCCCUCCACCAGUGCCUUUUGCAGAGAGAUAUUUUGUGUACACAGAAGCCAUUCCGAGCCUGGACCUGUCCUGUGGGGAUGACGACCCAGCCAAGGGCUGAGCUGCCUGCCAGGCCUCCUAGAGGCUCCUAGGCCACCCUGGAGGUCCCAUCUGAAGCCCAAGUCCCCUGGGGUCAGUGGCAAGAGAAAGAAGAGGAGACUUUCUAUUCAUUUUCCCUCAGUCCCCACCAACUUGGGGCAUCUGGUGUCUCUCUUCAUCCUCUCUCUCCUUAUUCUCGGAUUAAUAAACAGCCUGUGAGCACAUGGGCAGCCUGG